AUGUCUCUCUUCUCAUCAUGGAUAGUUAUUUUCAUUAUUGGCUUGGCAUUUCCUCUUUAUUUUGCUCUGAGUCCACUAAAGUCAAGGCUUUGUGUAAGGAGAGAAGUAAUUGAUCCCUCUGCUGAAAACUUAUCUUUCUUAAAGCACAAGAUGGCCCAUGAAUUCCAGAGUAAAGUAGCUCCAGAAUGUAGCGUGUAUGUGGAUCAGUUACGUUUUUGCACCAGAGAAAUGGACCCAAUCUGUGCAACCAAUGGCCGAACAUACUCCAAAAAAUGUGUUUUCUGCAGUGAAAAGCUAGAAGAUAGUGGAAAAUUUGAUUUUAGUCAUUGGGGUUGUUGCUGA